AUGGCCGACAUCGAGCCUACUAUAGUCGCCAUCUUCGGUCCGGCGCCGGCUGGAACCGAUCUGAACGAGAAUCCAAUUGCCGGCAACGAUUUCGCCGUGGCAGUCUUGCUCGGAAUAGCGACCGUGGCCGUCGUGCUGAGACUAGUGUGCCGACACUUUACGAGCAGCCCCUUGAAAGCCGACGACAGCGUGAUAAUAGCGGCAUUGAUCUUGACGUAUGCCACCGGCGGCAUGUCGUUCGCAGCUGGACACUAUGGUGCAGGGAGGCAUGUCUGGUCUGUCAGGGCAGUUGAUGUCGCCAUGGCAGCCAAGCUUCUCUAUGCCUAUAGUUUCGUUUUCGCGGCCGCUAUCACCCUGACGAAAACUUCCAUCCUGCUACUCUACACGCGCAUCUUUGAAGUCUCCGACCCGAGGUUCCAGUUCCUGCUCUGGACGGCCGCUUUCUUUGUUGCAGCAUAUCCUCUAACGUUUGUUAUUGCCAUGGCAAACUGCUGCAAGCCAGUCUCGUUCUACUGGGCACAGUUUUCUGGAAACACCGACGGAUACUGCCCACUGAACACAGGACUAUUCUUUGUGAUCAUGGCUAUCAUCAACCUUUUCAUAGACUUCUUUAUACUGAUCUUGCCUAUACCGUCAAUCUUGAGGCUUCAGAUGUCUACGCGCAAGAAGGCCGGUGUCUGCGGCAUCAUGCUCCUCGGAGGAUUUGUCUGCUGCGCAAGCGUCGUACGAAUCUACUAUCUAAACGUGUUCUCUUCCGCCAUAGACGCCACGUGGUACAUGGGUCCUGUAUGCGUCUGGUCCGCCGUCGAGCCAUCCAUCGGCAUUCUCUCAGCCUGUCUGCCCAACAUGCGCCCGCUCUUUGUCUUCGUCCGCAACAAGGUAUCAUCAUCGAAUCGCAGCGAGGGCCAGUCGCGCCCAGCGUCAGCACCAGGUUUAGUUACUUGGGGAGGGAGUGGCGGUCCGGGUUCGAAGGGCGCCAAGGCAAGCCGCCGCCGGAGGGACGAGGACGAGCUUCGCCUGACGAAGAAUAACUACAGCAUGACCAAUAUUGUCACGGCAGGUGGACCAACGGUGCAGGCGGAGCUGAAGCCCGGGAACGGAACCAACGUGAGGCUGGCACUCGACACGUUGACUCUUCUGGACCGGGAGGACUGCGCGCAAUGGGCUGGGGAGCUCACCAGGGGAACAAUCGAACUCGAGGCCAUGGGAAGGCCGACGCCGUCAGUGCACUAUAAGGAUAAAGCCCAGCUGUUGUCUGGGGAAGAGGACGAAGACGCGCCCGAUCCGCAGCCCGUCGGGGACUGCCUCCAGUACCUUCAGCACAUCUUCCUCGGCGCGAGCCUCAGCCUCUUCUAUCCUGGUUUCAUGAUCCCUGUGGCCGGUCGCGUGUCCUGGUCUUCGCUGUUCAGCGGCGGUAUACUGACGUAUGGACAUGCCGACUACGCGAGCAUCUCCGAUGGAAUCUACGAGAGGAACGGCACCUAUGGGGGCCCAGUCGCCAAGCUCGUGCUUCGAAUCCACGUCCCGAACGAGCUCCACUCUCUCUCCUGGGAGACUCGGGAUUCCGGUAUCACUGAUAACAGGUUCUCCAGGGUGACCCUGAGCGGGAGCUUCGAUGCUCUCCGCGGGCCACCGUUGCCGGCCAUUGAGCAACCCGUGCCUUUCAGCCGGGCAAUGUGCUCGAGCCCCGCCGCGGUGGACGAGUAUCGCUCGUCGGACAAGGAGAGCGGUCCCGGGACGCCGGCCGAAUCUGGGCGCACAGAAGCCUUGGGCCCGCGGUGGAACGACUACUCAUUCCGCGAGUCGGAUUUGUACUAUGGAGGUCGCACUCGGGGAGGAGGGAGUAAAGGGAGCGAUGACACCGCCGUUGAAAACACUCCGUCUUCACGGCAAGCAUCUCGCAAGACACUCCGGCGGUACAUGGAGAGGGAACAUAGUGCGUUGCCGCCUCCGGAGCGGUCCGGGUCAUCUUCACUGGCCCUCCCGGAUCGCGUCAUCCGGCUCCCCGUCAGCCUCGGCGAGGAGUCAUCGGGCGAAGCGGGUCCAAGCGGAUAUGAUCUGCACCGCUCCGAGCCGUCAGGCCACAAAUUGCCGUCGCCUCGGCCGCAUUCAGACUUCCAGUGUACAUUGCCAGCCCAAGCAAAACCGGCCACGAUGACUCUCCCAUUCCCCAUCCCGCCGGGCCUCCUCCACGCGGACUUCACCAUGUCCCGCACCACCGAGGCCGACGCGGAGCGCAUCGCCGAGAUCUACUACGCCGCCUUCCAGACCGACCGGGGCAACACGUACUGGUGGUCCGCCGACACGCCCGCCAUGAUGGAGUGGAUGGUCCGCCGCAUCCGCCGCAAGAUGCGCGACCGCUCCGUGCGCCACUUCAAGGUCGUCGACGCCCGGACGGGCGACAUGGUCGCCUUUGCGCGCUGGGACGUGCCGCAGGGGUCGGGUGCGUUUGGCGAGUGGGUGGGCGGCGACGAUAGGAACGGUAGUAGGGAGGUAGGCGUCUCGGGGCUGGUAGAGGGCGAGGGAGAGGGCGAGGCCAACGGCGAGGCGCCCGGGCCCCUGACCGGUGGCGUCGACGCGCCGCACUCGUCAUCCUCCGCCGCUCUGGACAUCCCCAGGGGCGCCGACCCGGAGCUCUGCCGCGGCUUCUUCGACGGGCUGAGCCAGAUGUCUUCCAAGUGGAUGGGCCAGGACAUGUUGGGCCUCUCGCUGAUUUCAACGUCAACAAAGCAUUUCAAGAGGGGCGCCGCCAAGGCUCUGAUAGUCCCUAUGCUGAACAUUGCCGACGCGGAGGGGAUCAAAACCUAUCUCGAAGCCACACCCGCCGGCAAGCCCAUUUACGAGAAGCUGGGCUUCCGAGAGGUCGACGCCCUUGAGUUCAACCUGGACGAGCUGACCAAGGACCGCCAUGGCGUCUACAAGCUCUGUAUUAUGAUCCGAGAGCCGGCGAGGCAAUAG